AUGAGGCACUUGACACCCAGUCACUGGGUUGUCCGGGCUUGUCUCUUAUGGCUGGCACUGGUCCUGGUAUUCGUAGUGGCUGAGCCGCUGCCUGAUAGUCUUGUUUCCAGACAUGCGCUGUCAGAGAUCGAGCAAAGCCGUGCGGAACUGCAACCUCGCGACAACAGCACCUUUCUUCUUCGCAUUUUACCAUUGGGAGCUUCGAUCACCCUCGGAUGGAAGUCCACCGAUCACAAUGGAUAUCGGAAAUGGAUACGACAGCAACUUCGAUAUGCUGGCUGGCAGGUAGACAUGAUUGGGAGCUUGAAGAAUGGAACUAUGCACGACAACCAACACGAGGGCCAUUUUGGCUACCGAAUAGAUCAACUAUAUGAGAAAGCCGAGAAAAUCAUCCCGCAUCAACCAAAUCUGAUUCUAAUCAAUGCCGGCACCAAUGACGCCCUCCAAAAACAUGAGCCAGGCACAGCUGGCAUGCGCAUGGGCCGGCUUCUAACCAAACUAUACGACGAAAUUCCAGGCACAACCAUCAUCUUGUCCACACUACUCCCCAACAAGAAGCAGCCACGACUAGUUUGGGAGAUCAGCGAGCAGCUACGGGUUCUAGCAGCGCUUCGACGAGCAAAGGGGGAGCGCCUGGUGCUUGCGGAGAUGAGCAGCUUCAUUAAAUCUAGCCAGCUUGUAGAUGACACACAUCCGGAUGACACGGGGUACAAGGAGAUGGCAUCUGUAUGGUGGGCAGCCAUCCAACAAGCCCACAAAGAAGGCAUGCUCCAAAAGGCAGCGAAUACGAGCCUCACUGGGAUGAUCAGCAAGAGCGUGGAGAAGGAGCUUGAUGAUAGUAACAGCGAUCCUGAUCUUCCCGCGUACACUGCGGUGGCGCAGCCGUCAGUGAAUUUUGCCGUGGAAGUAGUGCGGAGAGUGGGAAGAGGGUUGAUUUCCAUGUUCUGUAUGAUGAGUGAGUUAUACUGUCUGGCCUAUAAUCCAUUUCUGAUGUGGUGA